AUGUCGUUGCUGAAGGUCUUCUCCCGCUUCACCUCCUCUGCGGCGAAGCCUCUCCCGCACAGUCCGCGGGGCUACCAGUCGAUCCUGUCGCAUCUACCAUUUUCCACCGCGGCAACGACCUCUACUCCACUUGGCCUGGCGCCGACGAAGCCCGGGAAGGAGAAGCCGCGGGUGGUGGUGCUCGGCACGGGAUGGGCGGGCUGCCGGCUCAUGAAAGGAAUCGAUACCUCUCUUUAUGAUGUUGUCUGUAUUUCUCCCCGAAAUCACAUGGUGUUCACUCCCCUCCUCGCCUCCACCUGCGUCGGCACCCUCGAAUUCCGCUCUGUAGCCGAGCCCGUGGCCCGGAUCCAACCGGCGAUUUCCAGCGCACCGGGUUCCUAUUUCUACCUCGCACGCUGCAAGUCCAUCGACUCCGACUCUCACACGGUAAUUGAGCAAUUCGAACCCCGAAUUGAUGGAUUCUGGCUUCAGGAUAAUCGAAAUAGAAGGAUACUGCUUUCUCGUUCCACUGAGUCUGAUUCCACUAAAGGUGUUCUGCGAAACCGUCACGGAUGGAAAUGGGGAGGACACAUUGGAACCCUGGAGCUUCAAAGUUGCAUACGACAAACUGGUCAUUGCAGCUGGGGCGGAAGCGUUAACAUUUGGCAUACGCGGUGUCAAGGAGCACGCCAUUUUCCUCCGGGAAGUGCACCACGCGCAAGAGAUCCGCCGAAAACUUCUUCUCAACCUAAUGCUAUCGGAUGUGCCAGGUAUGCUGCCCUUUCCCACAUUACAUUGCAAAUUUCGACACCAUUCUGUAACGAGGAAUUAAAUUUUUGACGUUAAUUUGGGAGAAUGAUGCCCUUUCAAUUGAUGGACGUGGCAUUUAUAGAUAUAAAAAAAUUCAGACAUCUUUGGCAACAGACCAACUCCACGGACAUUUUUCAAGUCAAUAUGAAAAGAGGAAGCACUGUAUAGCACUGGCAGGGGAUCAGGUACCGAUCCAUUGGACAUGCCUAGUUCGCCGGUACUACUGGAAUUGUCUUCAGAAAAUUCACCCUAGGGAAGGCGAACCUUGCGGAUUUUUUCUUUGUCUCGUCUGACAAGCUUCUCUGCUACCAAAUAGUAGGCAUGUGUGCGGUUACCUCAUCCUAUUAGUGCCGUAAACUGUUCUUUGCGCGCCAUUGUUUAACGGUUGUAUGAUCUUAUGUUAAUGGGAAGUAUUAGAGAUAACUUUAACAUACUUAUGACUUGGUGAUUCCUGUCACCAGUUCUAUCUUCAUCGUCUUCCACUAGUUAGGGUUUUUAUUUAGAUGUAAACAAAAAUGCUCAGCUAUCUGUCCCCUUCUAUACGGAACUUUGGUUUUUUUAUGCUGAAAUCAAGUUGACAUCAAUAAGAAGACGACAGAGCCCUGGGCUGUUCAAGAAGCGUGCCUAAAUUCCUGACCAAUUUCAAUUUAUUCAUCAUGGAGAAUAUCCCAGUCCUAUUUAAGGCAAAAAUAAGUAAUGGGUCGUGUUUAUUGCCUGAUAUUUGUUUCCACUGAGGUUUUAAAAAGUUGCUUCGUCCAGAUGUGAAGGAUGAACUCAUUUGAACCCCUAAUUUUUAUAAAAUCAUUAGUUUUCACCCCGCGUUCAACCAUUACCUAUUCUCGAGUCUCUCAUCUGAGCGUCCUGUCUCUUAGCUACACACUGUACUAUGUUGGCCUUGGUGUUUGUUUAAUAACGGGUGGGAAGUUGCCACUAAUUCAGAUACUCUCUAAUCGAAUGCGUGACACAUCUCUUCUGCUAUUUUAAUAUCAUGCUCCCUCAUCCAUCCACCUAAGUCGAAUCGCAUGGUAUUGACUGCCUAAAAAUGGAAAUUUAUCAUAGUUUUUAAGGGUUGAACCGACUGUGAAGCCUGAUAUCUCAUCCACCUGGCUGGCGAGAUCUUUUCUCAAACUGCCUCAGCCGUGGACAACGAUCUUCUUCAAAUUGUGCAGACGCUCGUGAAUUGCUCUGACAUUCGUACUGAACCUUGAAUUAUUUUGCUCUGUGCCUGCCAUGCGCCAAUGCAGGGAUUUCUGAGGAAGAGAAGAGGAGGCUUUUACACUGCGUUGUUGUUGGAGGCGGCCCCACAGGUGUGGAGUUCAGCGGUGAGCUCAGUGAUUUCAUCAUCAAAGAUGUUCGUGAGAGAUACACCCACGUCAAAGAUUAUAUCCGUGUGACUCUCAUCGAGGUUAUCCCAUGAAAAAUCCCCAGCAGAGACAUAAUGAUUAGCCCACCGAGCUUCAGUCAGAACACAGGCAUCUGAACGCUUUCCUAUCAUGCUAGGCAAAUGAAAUCCUGUCAUCCUUCGACGUUCGCUUGAGACAAUACGCCACAAAGCAGCUGACCAAGGUGAGCAGUAGCUGAUUCCUGUCUAAAUACUCGGCGUAUAUGACAUCUGGGUCGAGAACCCAACCUCUUUGGUUGACUUCUUUCAUUUGUGCAGCACCAUGUUCUCAGUUUCGCCGUCUUUCCUUCCAAGUAUAAUUCUGCCAGAAUUUCUGCAUUAAACUGCAAGCAGUGGAUUAAAAAUUAUAGCUUUCCUUCCUCGAAACGUUUUCUUGAAGAAUUUCUAUGAUUCAGAAACAUCCUGAAACGGAAAUGUUGGCCCAAAAGCAGUGUUUGGUAUGAACAACCUCUGAAAGGACUGAUGAUAGUGGUCUAACCGAGUGUUUAGUAGGGACAGCUUGGCUGUUUUGUCUUGUUAAUUUUAUUAAUCUCUCUCCUUAAAUGGGUAACGCAACUGGGAGUUUCCGUGAUAUGCAUCGCCACGUUUAGAGAUAUUUCAUGCCGCAAAUUCGGUGGUUCCGGUGUUCCCUUCUCAGUCCGGUGUUCGCCUCGUUCGUGGGAUCGUCAAGGACGUCCAACCUCAGACACUGAUUCUUGACGACGGCACGGAGGUUCCUUAUGGGCUUCUCGUCUGGUCCACUGGUGUCGGCCCCUCACCUUUCGUAGGCUCCUUGCAGUUCCCAAAGUCUCCUGGUGGAAGGUCAACCCCCUCAACCCCCUCAACCCUCUCUCUCUCUCUCUCUCUCUCUAUCUCUCUAACAGCGUCCGCUCCGGCAGGAUCGGCGUGGACGAGCACCUUCGCGUCCCGUCGGCCCAGGACGUGUUCUCAGUGGGCGACUGCUGCGGGUUUCUGGAGAGCACGGGCAAGCCCGCGCUGCCCGCUCUGGCCCAGGUAAUUAAACCUGCGGCUCAUCUCUGCGGAGCUUCUCCUCUCUCUCGUCGCCGGCUAGUGACGACGAGUUUCUUUCCCCAUUUCUCUCUCUGGUUCAGGUGGCGGAGAGGCAGGGGAAGUUCAUGGCGGGUCUGCUGAACCAGAUCGCCCGCGCCGGCGGAGGCCACGCCAACAGCUCCGGCGGGAUCGAGCUCGGAGCUCCGUUUCACUACCGCCACCUCGGCAGCAUGGCCACCGUCGGCAGGUACAAGGCCCUCGUUGAUCUCCGGCAAAGCAAGGUCUGUGCAUCUUCCUUCUUCUUCUUCUUCUCUCUCUCUCUCUCUCUCUCUUUCUCCGUUGACUUCCAGAACUGCGGCGGCGGAGCUGACACCGUUCGUCUUGUUCUUCUUCCCAGGAAGCCAAGGGGUUGUCGCUCGCCGGCUUCGUGAGCUGGUUCGUUUGGAGGUCGGCCUACCUCACCCGCGUCAUCAGCUGGAGGAAUCGAUUCUACGUGGCGAUCAACUGGCUAACCACCCUCGUGUUUGGCCGCGAUAUCAGUCGAAUCUAG